AUUGUCAAAAACAGCUGAUUGAAAUUUGUUGUAUAUUUUAUUUAUUUUUCUCGAAAAAAAAAAAUACAAUUGUACCCCUUUUCUGCUGCAUUUAUUUAAAUAUUAACACAUUCUACAAGCAUGGAACCCAGUGAUAUUUUUUACGACAAAGGCGAUUAUGUGGAAACUGCUUCAGGCAAUAAAGUUUGUCGUUGGACCGUACUCUGUGGAUCCCAAAAUAUAAUUCUUCAAGGCAAAGUGAUAGUCCAAAAUCAAGCAAUCAUCAGAGGUGACCUGGCUAAUGUAAGGAGUGGCCGAUACUGUAUUAUUAGCAAAGAGGCAGUUUUAAGGCCCCCACACAAAAAAUUCAGCAAAGGUGUGGCAUUCUUUCCUUUAAACAUUGGAGAUCAUGUUUUUAUAGGGGAGAGGAGCCUUAUUAAUGCCGCCCAAGUAGGAAGUUACGUAUAUAUUGGUAAAAAUUGUGUUAUAGGCAGGAGAUGUGUCCUAAAGGACUGUUGUGUGAUAGAAGACAACACGAUUUUAGCUCCAGAAACUGUGGUGCCUCCAUUUACAAGAUAUGGAGGGUCUCCUGGGAGGCAAAUUGGUGAAUUGCCUGAAUGUCAGGCUGAUCUUAUGAUCGAUUAUACCAGGAGUUACUAUCAGCACUUCCAACCUGCCAAAGAUAUUUAGUGCUUUUGGAUGUAUUAACUAAUUAUUUAUUUAUCGGGAGCUUUAAUAUUACUAUAAAAAUGGGUUUUAUAAAGUAAUGUAUAAAUGAAUGAAAUGCUUCAGGUAUUGAAUUAAUUUUUUUAUAAGAUUUAUGAUAAUAAUCAUUGUUUUUUACUUAUUUAGAACAUUCAGAAAAGGGUCAACGUUUGACCAAUAUUUGCAUUAAAUUAAACAUAUUAUCAGUUUUUUUAUAAAUAGGCCCUUAAAACCAAUAAAUAAAACUUCAAAGGUCAUAUAAUAAUAAUAUUUUAUUUCAGUGUAAUACUUAAUAUGGCUUACCAAAUGCAUCAUAUAACACCUUGAAAUUUUGGAAAAGCUUAACAUAUAUAAUUACCUAUUCUAAGCCUAUUAAAGCCUCAUAAUAUAGAUUACAGUUAAAAUUAUAAUCAUUAAUAAAAACUAACAAUUAAUAAAUUGAUAAAAUCAUUUAUGGAAGUAAGUUAAUUCGAUUAAACCCGCUUCACUCGCAGUCUUCUCCAGACAUUUGCAACAAAGAAUGUAUGGUUUUAUCCUUGUUGCCCCUGUUGGCUUCAAACACAGUUUUAACUACUUCCUUGUCUAUGUUGGGAAACAUUUCUUCAAUCUAAAAAUGUAUUUAUAAAGCAAUGACAUGACUCAAUUAAAUAAAUCUUACCAAGACUAAACCAGCCUGAUUGGUUUGAGGAGAAGGUUGUGGCUCUCCAGCAUGUGGGGGAGCAGCGUAGACUUGCAGAGGUUUCACUCCGGUAGAGUCUACUCUUGGUACAAUCAUUACUGGGUAAGAUGCGGGUUGGUAACCACUUGCCUUAAAAAAAAAUCUUUAAGCACCUUGAUUAUCAGCCAAAUUUACUUACAUUAUAACUUAAAACCAGAUUAAUCAUGCCUUCGACUCCUUCUCCUUGUUUGCCGCUCAGUGCAUACCAAUCCUCAUGUGUUUCUCCUGCAAGGACUUUUUGUGGAAUAGAAAUUUGGGUCCAGGCAAUCAAUUCGUCCAUAGUAAAUGAUCUUUCAUCGAAAAUCUCUAUAUUCAUCGUGUUUAUCCCUUGUGGUAUUAAGC